AAGGAAAUGUGUUUGGAAACAGGUUUAGUUAUAUGAGAUUAAUUUCGUGAGCCAUUUAAAUUUAAACAGGUUUAGUUACAUUACUAAUUUCGUUGGCCAUUUAACCUUAUUUCAUUUCGUGGCCCAUCUUAAUAAUGACAAUUACAGUUUAAAAAUAAUACUUGCUUUCCACGUUCUGCGCACAAUAUCUAUCAUCCGUUUAAAAUCUUCCAAAUCUCCUAAAUUAUUUACCUAAAAUAGCGAGAAAUAUAUAACAAGUAUUAUAACUAAAAGAUAUUUUCAAAAGAUUUCAAUAACUAACCUGUCCUAAUUAUUUAAUGCUAACCUUUAUUCCCACGUUUUUUCUUCUCCAAGUAUAAUUAUUUUUGCACAAGAAUAUCUUCACACACGCCAUUAGUUACCAUAAUCUGCACACAUAAGAUAUGAAUUAAUUCAAAUAGUUAAAGUAGAGAAUAUACGCACACAAUCUAACCACACGUUAAGUCUUCUUGACCUAAAUUAUUCACUUAUCUAUAUAUACCAAACCUAACACCUCUUAGACAUCAACACACAUCUCAGAAACCAAACAUGUCUGCCAGCAAGAAAAAUGGUUCUUAUCAAUGAUCUCAAGCCUUUUAAAGAUGAAUGGCGGAUUUGUGUGAAGCUUCUUCAUUCAUGGAAAUCAAAGACUGAUUACGGAGGUGAAUCUUUUGAGUGCAUCUUCGUAGACAAAACGGGUAAAAAAAUCCAUGCUUCAUGCAAAAGAAGUUUGAUGUUUCGUGUUCAACGUGAUACACAAAAAGGAGAAUGGAGAGAGGUUGAAAACUUUAAGAUUUCAGCUGCUGGAGGUCAAUAUAGGCCAUCAAACUUUCAGUACAAAAUGACUAUCAUUGGCGAUACUGUCAUAAGACCUACUAAUUAUCGUAAUGAUAAUCAUUUUCUCUCCCUAGCAAGUUACGAAGACAUAAGUAAAGGAGAGUGCAAACCAUAUUUUCUAAUUGAUGUUAUGGGCCACAUUGUCGAUCUUGGAGGAGUAGCUGUUGUUCAAUUACAAAAUGGCGAGAACAGGAAGAGAGUUCAGUUUCGUUUGCGUGAUACAAGUGGGAAUGAAUUGGCAUGUUGCUUAUGGGGGACAUAUGCUGAGCAAAUUGAAACACAUGUUGAAGAAUCAAAAGAUGAAAGUAUUAUAUGCUUGAUCCGCUUUGCCAAAAUCAAGGAAUUCAGAGGUGAAGUGCAGAUCACCAACGCUUUUGAUGGUUCUGUUUUGAUGCUUAACCCAACCAUGGAAGAGGCUAUUGACUUUAAACAGAAGUUGUUGCAAGAGGAUCUUCCUUUGGCUCUUUUGGGUCAAACUGAUGAAAAAAGCUUAUCUCUAAACAACCAGUUGAUAAUUGGAAUGAGGUUGACAUUAGAUGUAUUUCUGAGAUAUGUGUUGCUGUUGAGGCUGAGCCCUGCAAAAUCGUCUGUACUAUUGAAGCUAUAGAUACGGAUUGGGGUUGGUUCUAUUUUGGGUGUAAGAGGCACAACGUACGUACGACUAGGGUUGGUCGGAAUGGCAGUCGUAAGAUGCUUGAUACUGAUAAGCCACUAUUCUAUUGUGAAGUGUGUCGUGGAAACACAUCUACUGUCACACCCAAGUAUAAGCUUCAUGUGUUUGUGAAAGAUGACACUGGGUCAUGCCACUUAAUGUUACUUGAUAGUGUGGCUAAAACUAUCAUUGGUGAUGAAGCUAAAGAGCUUUGGGAUGGUUCCUAUCCUGAGAUUGAAGAUCCAGAGCUUAUUCCUAUUUCAGUCAGAAACUUGGUUGGAAAAUCGUUUUGUUUUGGUAUUUCCAUCAAAAGUGAUAAUAUAACCAAUGGAUCAGAUACCUUUAAGGUCUCUGAGGUAUGGUCUGGAGAUCAUAUUCAUAGAAUAGAAUCACUUUCGGAACCAGUAUCACAGAUUGAGACCAAUUCAUUGACCCUUUCAACCAGUGAGGUUUUCUGCCUUGAUCAGAACAGAGAGAUUUCAGAAGAUGUUUCAACUCCUUAUUCCAAGCGUAAGGAAGGAGAUGCUGAGCUUAAUGAUCCAUGUUCUACAUCUAAGAAGCUUUGUUCUAAGAGUAUCAAGAUUGAGAAGAUUAAGGAAGAUUAGUUGUGUGAGGACUACCUUACAUAUCGCGAGUUGGUUUUUUUUAUUACUUUCAUUAGUUUCUUUGGUUUUUCCAGUAAUUUCAAUUUGAACUUUGUUUUUAGUACUUUGUUUUUUUAAAUUUUCUACCAUAAGCUAUUUUGAUUCAAUAAAUUUCGU